AAGUCGUUGUUGCUUCCUUUCGGUAUUUUUUUAUAAAAUUUUUAUAGAUUUCAGCGCUUUCAAUUAACGAUUUUAUAGAUUUUCUUAUAAUCAAUUCAAGCGUAAUUGUGCUUUGUUUUCUAUUUAUAGCCAUCCUUAAACAGCUAAUCUUUAACAAAAGUAAAAUUACUAGGUAGACCGCCAGUCGUUCUAAUGGAGUGGUUAGGACGAGCCACCAUCGACUUCACAACUCACCCAAAAUCUCUAAGCCUACAGGAUAAAAAUGGCGAAGAAACAAACUUACUCAAGAUAUGUCAAUCGGCUGUUCCGCCGUGCCAGCUGAAUCCACUGCUGUUCAACGGACAUGCGCAGACGAUGUGGACGGCCGCGAAGGGUCACGGUCCGCAGCUGAGGUAUAAGCGGCGCAUUUUUAAGGCUGAUCACACCGAGUUCGAUGGCCAAUAUGCCGUAGACUUUGCUGUCACUGAUCCCACCCAGAAAGAGGACGCCGAUGCAUCUCUACCCCCGCGAACAGCCUAUUUCUCCGAGACCGAGCUCGAGGCUAUGGGCUCUGAUGAUGACAGGCCUAUGCUCGUAAUCCUGCAUGGAUUGUCGGGAGGCUCGCACGAGGUUUAUCUCCGGCACGCGAUUGCGCCGUUAAUCGACAGUGGUAAAUGGGAAGCUUGCGUUGUUAUCUCGAGGGGUUGCGCAAAUACUAAGAUCACUACGGGACUUUUGUAUAACGCGCGUGCCACUUGGGACGUUAGACAAACUGUCAAGUGGCUUAAGAAGACGUAUCCGAACCGGCCAUUAUUUGGACUAGGCUUCUCUCUAGGUGCUUGCAUCAUGACAAAUUACCUCGGCGAGGAGGGUUCUGCCACUCCGCUCAAAGCAGCAGUUGUGGUUGCAAACCCUUGGGCUCUUCAUAUAUCCUCGAAGGUGUUACAGAGCACAUUAAUAGGACAUCACGUCUACCAACGAGUUCUAGGCAAUUCUAUGAGAGCCCUGGCAAUGAAGCACAAGGAUGAGCUUGAGAAGUACACCAACAUAGAUACGACAACUCUGUUCAGUCAUACGUUUUUAUACGAGUUUGACAGGGCCUAUCAAUGUCCCACAUGGGGAUAUCCGACAGAGGAUGCUUAUUACAGAGAUGCAUCUAGCUCCGAUUCGUUAUUGGCUGUGCGCAUUCCGCUCCUUGCUAUCAACGCUGUAGAUGACCCUAUCGCCUCGAACUUAAGUAUCCCAUAUGCCGAGGCCUCAACCAACCCGUACACGGUCCUCUGUACUACGUCACUUGGUGGCCAUCUAGGCUGGUUUGAGAUCGGUGGAGGGCGAUGGCAUGGGAAACCUAUCUGCAACUUCCUUAACCGUAUGGCAUUUGAGGUAGACUUCACAAGUUUGAAGUCCGAGGUUAACGGAAACCGAGCUUCAGGCAAUCCCACUUAUGGUACUGAUUUCGAUCCUCUAAGACGAAAGAUGUAUGUAUUAAAUGAAUAAGCCAGAGUGAGAUUCAGAACAUGUCAUAUAGAAAGCGACCUAGAUUUGUGUAUGAUUCAUAAUUGGGUAUCUAGAUAUAUAGAAUGGAAUCGGCGUUCCGGGUAGCGAAGAGAACUUGUAAAGAUCAUCUCAGAUACUACUUACUAGCGCUAUUCAGACUCAACUUUAUGCGCCAGUUGAUGAAUUCGUCGGUGAGAAUUCUUCCAUGCCCAACUUCUUCAACUUUGAAUACUUCAAUUACGCCUGAACGGGCGUCUCUCCUUAUUUUCCAGACACCUUCAUCAUUGAUGGUAUUUUUUAGCC